AUGUCUGUCUUGGGGUAUCUGGCUGACCUGUCCCAGCAAAGCUGGGCGCUGGAAUUGAUUUACUGUCCGCUCCUAGGGUCAGCUAAGGCUGCGCUUUUGUUGCAAUUGCAACGAACUUUUGCGCCGACGAAAAGCGGUGCUGUCUACAUUGCUACACAGGCUCUCCUCUGGGUAACUGUGGCUUUCUAUUCUGCCAUGUUCUUCGCGGUGCUGUUCGAGUGCAUGCCUCAGGCGAAGAUAUGGGAUCCUUACAUCACGACCGGCUACUGCGUCGAUCGCAAUGCUGAGAUAGCGGCCACUGGAAUCUUAAAUCUUGUCUCGGAUGUCUGCAUCCGUGAGGAACAAGCUGGGCAUUUCAGCUAUCUUCCUAAUGGGUCUCAUGUAGGGUUCCCCUUCUAUCGGGAAAAGAAAAAGGCUGAUGUGAAGCUGCUAACCACAAUGUUCUUUCUUAGUGCUGUAAUAUCUUCGCUUGGUCGAGUAGUCUAUUCAUUUCGAGCCUUUACGGAUACGGAUUCCACAUAUGCCAUCGCGCAGAUUAGUUUAUGGACGUAUGUCAACAUAUAUUUGAGGAAUGGAUGGAGGAAGGAAUUGCGUAAAUUGACAUUUCCGCUCUCUAGGCUCGCAGAGAAUGCCUCGGUCAUCCUCUGCACCUGCUUCCCCGUCAUGCCGCGCUUCCUCAAGGUCGUGCGCAGCUACACGCAGCGCACAAUCACCGGCUCAAGCCAUCACUCCUCGAGAGACCGCAGCAAAUACGGAUACGGAAAUACUCGCGAGAGCCGAACUGCUGCCGUCUUCCAACCCUCGCGAUGUCCCUACUGUCACGACGAGUCGCCGUGUGUUGCGCACCGCAACCUGAACGGCGACGCAGCACUGUGGCAAGACGCCGAAGUCGCGCUUGGCGAUAAGUCGAAUGAUCUCAGGAGCGAUAUUCAGAAGACAGUCAGUAUAGAAUUGACGUCGCAAAGAACGCAUGCCCGUGAUUUGGUUUGA